AUGGUCGUCGCCACCUCCGCCAGCAUGACUCUUCGACGCGCACCCACUCUGUCCACUCUGGCUGCCGCUUCUGCUGGUCGAGUGCGAUCUCUUCACUCGACACGCAUCCUUCGCGCCAAUGCUUCUUCUUCCACGACUGCUGCCGACCAAGAGUAUCCAAGCGAAAACUUUGGCGCUCCCAUCUGGCGAUACACCUUCUUGGGUGCCAUCGCUGCAUUUGGCAUCUACCGCAUCUCGACGCUCCACGCCGAUCCGCACCCAUCCAGAGCCUCUUCCUCGGGUCGUUCCGCACCAGGCAACGAGUCGGAAGACAACCUUCACGUUCAAGGCGAACAGCCUUGGCUCACCCGAUACAUUGAGCACUGGACCACCUCACCAAGCGUCUGGAAGGAGCGCAACGCCCGACAUCUCGAGCUUGUCAAGGAAAAGGCCGAGGAGCGUCUCCUUUUCCUUUAUGCCGAACGUCCACCCGUUCACCGAUUGCGUUACACCCAGAUCUUUGAACAAGCAUCACCUCACGCCAUCGCCCCCGGUUCGCAAGUCGACCUCUCCGAACUCAAGAUUAAGCGAGCUUCUGAGUGA